CCUGUGUUCCCUGGGAAGAAACAAGUCAGCACAAGAAAACGAGUGGGUGUCUAAAAACGGUCACCAGGCGAAUGAGGGCAUCAAGUUGGUUUUGUUUUCCAAACAGGAGGCUACAGAUGGUGACUGGAGUUAUGUUACUAUAGCUAAAAGGUUUGACGCGUAAAUAAAUUAAUAACCGCGUUCAAAAUGAGCUUCUCGGUGUUGUCGUAUGAGAGUUUGGUUCAUGCUGUGUCAGGAGCAGUGGGAAGUGUGACUGCCAUGACAGUGUUCUUCCCUCUUGACACUGCCAGACUGAGGCUACAAGUGGAUGAAAACAGGAAGGCCAAAUCAACGCCAACCAUCCUGGCAGAAAUUGUCAAAGAGGAAGGACUACAAGCCCCGUACAGAGGCUGGUUCCCUGUCAUCUGCAGCCUGUGCUGCUCCAACUUUGUCUACUUCUACUGCUUCCACAGCCUCAAGGCGAGCUGGCUGAGGGGAAAGCAGUCAGCACCAAGCGCUGACUUACUCAUAGGCAUUGCUGCAGGUAUUGUGAACGUACUGGUUACCACACCUUUGUGGGUGGUCAACACCAGGCUGAAGCUUCAGGGUGCCAAGUUUCGAAAUGCAGAGAUACAGCCCACCAACUACUCUGGCAUUCUGGAUGCAUUUGUGCAGAUCAUCCGUGAUGAGGGCGUAGGAGCGCUGUGGAAUGGGACCUUCACGUCCCUGCUGCUGGUGCUGAAUCCUGCCAUCCAGUUCAUGAUUUAUGAAGGUCUGAAGAGACAGCUGAGGAGAGGAGUUCCCAGAGAGCUGUCAGCUGUUGAGGCCUUCGUCAUCGGCGCUGUUGCCAAAGCUGCUGCCACCAUUGUUACGUACCCACUGCAGACGAUACAGUCCAUUCUCAGGUUCGGUCAGUUCAACGAGUCAACAGACAAGUCAAAACUACUGUCCAGUCUAAGGACUAUCAAGUGUCUGUUGGUCAACAGAGUGAGGAAAUAUGGCAUGCUGGGUCUGUUUAAAGGCCUUGAGGCCAAGCUGCUGCAGACGGUGCUGACUGCUGCCCUCAUGUUCCUUUUCUAUGAGAAGAUUGCCAGCUGCACUUUCAGAGCCAUGGGACUGAGCAGCAGCCACUACAAGAGACGCUAGGUAGCAUCACACCCAGGGAUGUUUGACCUUAAAGCACUGAAUUAGCUUCUACACCAAGCCUGUUAUGUGUGGUGUCCGUACUCUUAAAGGGUAACACCACCUAAAUUAAGAAUUCCAAUAUGUUAUUUCAGUGGUCUAGGAAAGUUUAAUCAGUAUUUGUGAAAAUGAGCGACUCUCUCUUAAAGCCAGAAACAUUUCCCUGGGUGCUCUUAGUGCCAUCUAUAACAUCUUUCCCAAUGCAUUGUCUAUGGAGCAGCUUCAGACUUGCUACCAUAUUACAUGACAAAUUUGGGUUUUAGCACUCUAAUUUUUGGAUUAUGGAGAGAGUUGUUAAUGUUUACUUAUAUUUUUGUACUUUCUUAGACCAUAGGAACAGCAUGUAUAUAUUUUAAAAGUGGGAGAAGUUCCUCUUUUAAAGCACUGAAUGACUGUAGUGAUCACUGCUCACAGACCCCAUGAUGGGGACUUAUGCUUCCUGGAAAAACUCACUUUCUUUUAAUCUUUAAUGGUGACCUAAACAUUACAAACUUUAAGUUAACCUCUCCCUGUAAAUAUACUGAUUUUGUUUUUCUGUAAAACCCUGAGCUGAUGGAUGAUUAUGCAACAGCUGCUGGACUGUUUGUUUUGUUGUAAAUGGGAGUUCUUCAUUUCAGCCUGUCUUCACUGUACCUUACUGUAAGAAUGUAAAAAAAACUGUCACCAUGGGCCUAACCUGAGCAGGUGAACUCCAGGUUGUAGGACGAGGAAUUUAAAUGACUUCCUUAAGUUUCAUUUUCAGUGUACCAACACAGCCCUGGCUCCUCGUCGAGCUCUGAACAGAACCAAAAAAACAUUACUGGAAGAAGUGAAGUGAGUUUCAUAAGAACAGAAAUGAAAGUAAAUCAGAGUUGCAGCUCCUUCAGUCCCAUUCACCAGUCUGGACAGAUAAAGAGAUCCUGAGCUUCCAUAGUCUACAGAGAAGGAGAAUUUAGAUUUCAAAAUAGAUAUUUCAUUUGUAUUUUUUAUGACUUUAUUAUUUGUACAUAAGCACAUGUCUAAAAACAAAUUUCCCUCCAUGAUUGUUUGUCAACGUCUGACAGAAAACCAGUGUUAUAAACUGGGAGCAGGGAGUUUGAAAGAUUAAUAAGCAUGAAUAGUAUAAUGAAGGAUGCUGUUGAGUUGCAUUAUGGGACGUGUAGGAUGUGGCAGUUUUGAAGCUGAUGAUCCUUUUGUGAUUUUUGUAUACAUACAUUUUUGUUCCUUGUUUUCUGUUUGCCUGUUGAGUGUUGUUUUCCUUCAGCCUGGAGUCCUGGGGAGAAAAUCAUUAAAUAAACAUGCGAACACAGA